AUGGUCAAGAAGAUCCACGUUGCUACCCGGGAAAAUCCGAUCGUUAAUCGAUUGAAUAAGACGCGAGAGGAGAGGUUUCCAGAUCUCCGGGCAGAGAGAGAAGCAAACCAAAGGGAGAAACGCAAAGUAGAGAGGCUCGAACGGGAGCAGCAGAAGGCUCGGGAUCGAGAGGAGAAGAAGAAACGGGAGGAGCUUCGGUACCAAAAGGAUCAUGCAUAUGACGACCUGAUGCGGGAGGAGAACAUGGUGAGCAACGAGGAUCGGGGCUCUCACUUCUACGACGACGACUUCAUGUGA